GUUUUUGGUUGGAAAACACUGCUGACCUCACUACCUCUGACCCAACGUGCAUUAUCUUGUAAGCCGUAAACGCAGGAUAUUGAGGCCAGCUCAUUGACUUCAAGGAUCUUGACACACACGAUCAAGGGUUACUGCGACACUGCUAUUCAAGGUGAGCCCGAGAGAGAGCAGAUCCCAAGACAUAUUGACGACCAUCUCGAUUUCCCCACCCCCGCUUCAAUCCCUCUCUCCAACCUCGAGCCAAGGUCGGAGCAAGAGGUUAUCCUACCUCAUCUUGGUCAAAGGUCAUCCACACUAUCUCACCCGAUAUGGAUCCUCUCCUCGAUGCUUCCAUCAGGCAACGUGCCGAAACCCUGGACCAGGAAGAUGCGCUGAGGCACACGCGGGACGAGUUCGUCAUCCCCACGAAACAAGAGAUCACCAGCAAGACCCUUGCCAAGAAAGAUGACGGCUCUGCCACAUCAGAGGCUGGUCAGCAGAAAUGCACCUACCUCUGCGGCAACUCUCUCGGCCUGCAACCUAAGCGCACCGCCGAGAGGAUACAGCAGUAUCUGUCCACCUGGGCGACGCAGGGUGUCCAGGGGCAUUUCAAGCCUUUGGAAGACUCCCCGUUGCCGACAUGGCUCGACGUCGACGCCCGAGCGGCCAAGAUGAUGGCCCCCAUUGUUGGCGCUGAGGAAUCCGAGGUUGCCGUGAUGCAGACUCUGACAGCUAACCUUCAUCUCCUCAUGUCUGCCUUGUACAAGCCCCAGAAGGAUGGCAGACAUAAGAUAAUCCUGGAGAGCAAGGCCUUUCCAAGUGACCAUUUCGUCGUGGAGACCCAAAUCAGACACCAUGAUCUCUCUCCGUCAACGUCAAUGAUCUGCAUUGAGCCCCCCUCAACCGCCGUAGAACCAACCCUCGCAACCCAACACAUCCUCUCCGUCAUCGAGGCCCAUGCCGCGGACACGGCCCUCAUCCUCUUGCCCGGCAUCCAGUACUACACCGGCCAGCUCCUCGACAUCCCCACCAUCACCGCCUUCGCGCACAAGCACGCCAUCCCCAUCAUCUGGGACCUCGCCCACGCCGUCGGCAACGUCCCGCUGCGCCUCCACGACUGGGACGUCGACGCCGCGGCCUGGUGCACGUACAAGUACCUCAACGGCGGGCCGGGCUGCAUCGGCGGCGCCUUCAUCAACGCGCGGCACACGGCCGUCACGACCUCGGUCGAGGACGCCGACUCCGAGAAGGGCUACGUGAACCGUUUCGGCGGCUGGUGGGGCAACGACAAGAGCUCGCGCUUCGUGAUGGCGACAAAGUUUCACCCGGCGGCCGGGGCGGCCGGGUUCCAGCUGAGCAACCCGAGCGUGCUCGACAUCACGUCGCUGUGCGCCUCGCUCGAGGUGUUUGAGCUCGCGGGCGGGAUGGCGCCGCUGCGGGAAAAGUCGAAGCGGUUGACGGCGUUCCUGGAGGUGCUGCUCCAGAACUGGCUCAGUUCUGACAUGUUCAGCAUCAUUACGCCGUCGGUGAGCGAGGAGCGCGGAGCGCAGUUGAGUUUGAAGCUCGCGGAUGGGCUGUUGGAUGGUGUGAUGGAGUACUUUGAGGAGGUUGGGGUGGUCAUUGACGAGAGGAAGCCGAACGUCAUCAGAGUUGCGCCGGCGCCGUUGUAUAAUACGUUUGUGGACUGUGUUGAUUUUGUUGAGCACUUUGGCAAGGCUUUGCAAAGGGCCAGCAAGACGGCCUAG